UCGUUGCAUAAAUUUGCGACAAUGGAGAUGGAAAAUUGAGGAAAAAAAGAGAAAAUGAAUAAAUUGCCAUGAAAAAUCAAGUUAAAAAGAAGACGUAGCGAUGGACGAUAAGUCCAAAAUUAUUACUCUUAAACGUCAUGUCGAUGAUAAUGGCGUAUAAUGUGAAAUUAUCUAAGGAACUAACUACUUUCUCUCGCCCGUCCAUCUGUCCCUGUUUUGACAGCUGAGAUGGGACGAGGGGCAGUGAUAAUCGUUUUAACCAUAUUCAUAUCUGUACCGGUUCCUGUACAUGGUUGUAACGGAAGAACCGUAUUGACAGAUUCAAGUGGCGUAAUAACUGAUGGAGACAAUGCAUAUCCAAGUUAUGCCAGAUGUGAAUGGUUGAUAGAUGCACAAGUCCCUAACAAAACAAUCUAUCUGGAAUUUGAUGAACUGAAUACGGAGUGUUCCUAUGACUUCCUGUUUAUCUAUGAUGGGAACUCGUACAGACACCGAAUGGUGGCGAGCUUUAGCGGGAACAAUAUACCAGAUCCCAUAAUGGCCCAGUCUGGACAGAUGCUUGUGUAUUUAUUCAGUGAUAGAAAUUAUGAACGUAAGGGAUUCAGGGCUAGGUAUUCGAUCCAAGAUUGUCCGAUGAAUUGUUCCAGCCAGGGUAACUGUAUAGACCACCAAUGUCACUGUUUUCCGGGUCGAUCAGGGGCUUGGUGCCAGUUCAUGGACUGUCCAAAUGAAUGCAGUGGUAACGGGCAGUGUGUUCAGGAUAAUGAGACGUUAACGUCUUUCUGCCAAUGUGAUAAAGGGUAUUCGGGAUAUAUGUGCAAUAUUUCUUUAAAUGAUUCGGAGGGAAGCGAAUAUUGGUACGAGAUUGCACCGAGUGGUGCAGGACUUGAGGCAAGGUCGGCACAUGCGGGGGCAUUUUUACCGCUCACAAACUGUUUAUAUAUCUUCGGAGGGUUUUCUUUAAAUGAAAUAAUGAGUGAUCUUAAAAGGUUUUGUCUUGAAACAAACAGAUGGGAGACUAUAAGUGAGUCUGACCCCUGGCCAGACAGUCGGUAUGAGCAUGCAGUUGUCAAAUUUCAUGAUGGAUUUUACAUGUUUGGUGGAAUUUUCAGUAACGGGAGCUACAGUAAUGAACUUUGGUAUUUUAAUGCUACGUUACAAGAAUGGAAUCUUUGUGCGCAAAACAGCAGUGUGACACCUCUACAGCUAUCUGGUCACACACUCACUCUUGUUGAAAAUAAUCUGUAUCUAUUCGGAGGCAAAACCAAUGACGGUCAGUUUUGGGCCAAUAUUUAUAAAAUAGAUGGCAACAAUCCUGACCAAUGGGAGGAAGUGAUUCCACUUGGUGGAAAAUCUUCGUUACGUAGACUUGUCGGACAUUCCACUGUCUAUCACAAAGAAUCAAAAUCGUUACUUAUUUAUGGGGGAUACUCCAACUCGGGGGAUCAGCCUCGGUUUGGUUCCCAUACUAACAAUCUACACGUCUUUCAUGUUGAAAAUCGCAUAUGGUCUCAAAUUCGGUUCUCCGACAGCGAGAAAUCUGACGUUCCGAGUCAGAGAUCGUUUCAUUCAGCAGUGAUUAUGGGGAAUUAUAUGGUUAUAUACGGGGGUAACACACACAUUCAUCAUGACCUAGAGCUGUGCUACGACUUUGAGAUGUAUCUCUACCAUUUAGGAUGUCACACCUGGGUGGGCAUUACACAUUUACUAGGAAAAUAUGCUGAAGCUGGUAAGACGAUGCAGAGACGAGGUCGUGUAAGUCAUGUUGCUGCCGAAGCUUACGGAAACAUUCUUCUUGUUGCCGGGGGAUACUCGGGAUAUGUACGCAGUGAUCUUAUAGCUUUCAAGUUCCCACCAAUAGUUGCUCCACCUUCAGCUGAUUUGUCAUUAGAUUUGGAUUACUGCAGUAAUUACACUCUACCUGAAAAAUGUCAGUAUAACCCGGAUUGUUUAUAUUGUAACAACGUAACUACCACCAAUACUAAAGGUUGCUUACACCGUACACAGAAACAGAUGUGUAGAAACAUGGAUACAGUACAUCCUGUGGUAGCUUGUCCUGGCAUCUGUGGCAGAUUAUCUACAUGUUUGGAAUGUCUGAGUCAAGGUCAAGGGGCGACCCUGGAAGACACAUCAUUAGAGCAGAGGACAUAUAUACAGCCGUGUAACUGGUGUGUCAAAGAGGCCAAAUGUCAGCAAAGAUCUAAGCCAGAAGGGAAUUGUGUGGACAGACACAACACUGUGACAGGUAUUGUAGGUUGGUGGGGUGGAACAAGCGCCUCAUUGAGUCAGAUUGAUCAGUGUCGUCUAGAAGAUUUUCCUGCAGGACUUCAUGCCAUGAAAUACAGACCAAUAUUAGAUAUGAAACAUCCAGAUGAGGUGACUAUUAUACGCGAGACAGAAGAGACGGAAGAUUUCCGACAUAUUUACGUCAAUCGUAACAAGAUUUAUCUAGAUAGGAUAAGUUGGAUAGGGUUUAUACAUCCCUUGAACGCUACAAUCAAAAUAAUACAGGACUCGGUGGUGUAUGGUCUAAAACUUGUGGCGGAGGAUAUCUCCGUACAAAUGUGGCUUAGUAAAGAUGACAAUCCGAGAAAUUGUGAGGAAGUUCAGACAUUAACAGAAUUGGAAACUAAGGAGAAGCAAAGUGAGAAAGAAUUUAAUUACCGUGACGAUGGCACCCUUCUAUUCUUAAACCGUAGUCGUGGUAACAAAUACUAUAUAGAGAUCAUUGGCAAAUACAAAUAUCCCCCGUAUUCAGAGAAAAUGAAGUUGGGUAAAUCAAUGUACAACCUGAAAUUGAAGUGGAACGGUCAUGGAACGCAAGAUAAGCCAUUAAUCAAGAACUACCACCCGUUCCACUUUGAGUUCCUCGAACCAUAUAACAACGGCAACUGUAGCAAACAUACUAACUGUAUGUCGUGUAUGAUAGACACGUUAUGUGGCUGGUGCGAACCAACACAUCUUUGUACACUUCGUAAUGCGAGUGUUGACACGUGUGUCGGGGAGAACAUGACCAAGAUUAUGAUAACAGAGCCAUCGAUGUGUCCGACGUGUUCUGACCUUGUAGAAUGUGGAUCAUGUGCUAGUGAUCCGCGUUGUGAAUGGGUGAAGGAUUUUGUGUACUGUGUUAGACGAGGUCGGGCCGAAGAGGAUCAUGUAGUACGACAUGUAUCAGAAUGUCCCCUAAGCUGCCAUCAACGGACAUCUUGUAGUGCAUGUUUGAACAUCAGCGAGUGUGCCUGGUGCGAGAAUUUACGUACCUGCCUUCCGUUCUCCGACUAUGUCUCACGUCAUCGACACGGACAGUGUACAGAAUGGAUUGACAGUGAGGUUACCAAUAGCAACAAUCCGUACACAUGCAGGAACUGUACGUCUAUCAAUUCAUGUGCCAUGUGUUUGAAGACAUUUAGCUGUGGAUGGUGUGGUAACAGAAUAAAUCCAACCAUAGGUGUCUGUUACGAGGGAGAUUUUCAUGGUCCGUACACUGAUGGAAGUUGUUCGUCACUGAUUUCCUCCAUGUACCAGAAUAUGACUGUCACACAACCAUCAGACUGGUCGUACAGCACGUGUCCUGAUGUAGAGGAAUGUCUACUUGGCAUGGCUACAUGUCAUCCUAACGCCACCUGUAUAAACACGCCCACAUCGUACGACUGCAAGUGUAACAGAGGCUUUAACGGGAAUGGGCGCGACACCUGUACUAGAACGUGUUAUCAUAAAUGUGUGAACGGUGUAUGUAUGGUGAACGACACGGGGAAUGACUAUUUUUGUGACUGUCACCUCGGCUGGACUGGUAAAGAUUGCGGCACUGACUGUAGGUGUAACGGACACAGUGAGUGUAGUAACGGUCCUGGUAAAUGUGACUACUGUAUAAAUGGUACAACUGGUAAAUUCUGCCAUCAAUGUUUGGACGGCCGCUUUGGUGACCCAACAAAACCUGAAGGUUGUGCUGAAUGUAUGUGCAAUAAACAUGGUAAUAAGAGUAAAGGACUGUGUCACAACAUGACUGGGGAAUGUUUCUGUGUAGACAACACUGAAGGUUACAAGUGUCAAAUGUGUCAACCUGGUUACUAUGGUGAUCCAACGGAUGGUGGGAAAUGUUAUCUAAGCUGUGAUCACGGACUUAUCAUAGAGAACAUCACCGAGGGAUCUAUGGGAUCAUACAGUGGCCCAGGUGUAUCUACAUGGAGAGCAUAUUGUCUGUGGAUCUUCACUGUAUCGUCAAACAUCAACGACCCAUGGUCCGUUCUCCCAACUAUUACCUUCGGAGUAGAAGAUAUGGCAGUGCAGUGUGAACGGGACCAUGUAUAUAUAUAUGACGGCAUACCAGACUUCAUAGACAGUACAGGAAGUGGUGUUUUACUGGGAGCUUUUUGUGGUUUCUAUUCGGGAGAGUUUAAUAAAGUGAUAGCCAAGUCUGGGAUAGUUACAGUAUACUUUGAUGCUGAUAUUAGUGGUGAAUAUUCACCAACAAAAGGUUUUAAUGGUAGUUACUAUGUCAACCGAUGCCCAGAAACGUGUGACGAGACACACAACCAAUAUUGUAACCACUCAAGAUGUGUGUGUAAAGAAGGAUACACAGAUUUUCCUAACUGCUCCAAACAUAGAUGUCUACAUGGAUGUACUUAUCAACAGACUACGCAGUCUUGUCAAUGCCAGUAUGAUUUUGGAGCAGCUCCGUACAAUAUCACAAUAUAUCCCUGGGACGCUAAUGCUAUAACAACAGAUUUCCGUGGUAACGGACCAAGCAGUCGCUAUGGACACGCCCUGAUUCAUUGUGGUGAUGAUGUUAUGUACUUGUUUGGAGGACGUUCGCUAGAGCACGGUCUCCUUAAUGAUAUCUGGGUGUAUAACUUGACGAACAAUGUAUGGAAGGAGAUCAAACCGGACAGGGGAGAUAAACCAAGUCCAAGAUAUUUCCACGCAGGAGAAUGUGUACCUAUAAUGCAGGUACUGUUUAUAUUUGGUGGACUAGUAAAAAAUCCUUAUCAAGAGAGGGAAUAUACUGCUAGUAAAGAAAUGUGGAGAUUUAAUAUUGGUCCGGAGAAUUGGUCUGGCCCGAGGGAGCCAGAUUGGGUACGACCUUUAGCCGGGCACACAAUGACACGAGGCGAGGAUACCAAACUUUACAUCAUUGGUGGAUUCUCGACGUUAAACUAUUUCAAUGACAUAGUUUAUGUUUAUGAUGCUAAAAUUUACAUCACAGCUUGGAGUGUUAAAGAUAAAGGAAACUGGGCUGGGGCUAAACCUGCAGGUAUAUACGGACACAGUGCAGUGUACAACACAGAAUAUAAGACGAUAUAUUUAUUUGGAGGCCAUGUUUUCAAGGAUGAGAGGAUCGAGCUAUCUCACUAUCUGUUCACAUUUGAUGUAACUAACACAUCUUGGAAUCUGUUACAACCCAGAACCUCAAGUUCAAAUCAUAUGGUUGAGGGACGAUAUUUUCAUACAGCUGUAGGUUUUGAUGAUUAUAUGCUAGUAAUAGGAGGUCUCACUCAUGGCAGAAACAUCAGCUCUAAUGUUCUAAUAUACAAGUAUACAUGUAACUUCUGGACUAGGCUAGAUUUGUCAGAUCACGAAGGUGGGGAUGCUGUGGCGUCAUUAAUUGCUGCACGGUCCAUACGUUAUCAAGACAGCAUGUACCUACAUGGUGGAUUCAGUGGUAUGGAUCACAAUGCCCUUUACCGCAUCACUCUCCCGCCAGACCUUUGCUCCAUUUAUAGCAGCAAAGAGAUGUGUAAACAACCUGGAUGUUCCGGGUUAAUUCUGCCAAAUGGUGCCAGUGGAAACAGUACUAGUGUGAAUAUCACAAUGUGUUACAGUAAUAAAGAAGGAUCUAAGACAUCCGGAUUCGAAACUGCCAAUUUUGAAGGACCAGUUUGUGAUUUGAAAUGGGUGACAGAAAUAAAGUGUAGAGAUAUAACAAACUGUUCUGAAUGUGUUGCUAUUUACCCACCAUUCAAGACAGCUGCGCCGUCUUGUUAUUGGUGUGGAAACUGUAUAAUCAACAUGUGUGUAGCUAAAGGUUUCCGGAUCCGUCAGGAAAAUCACACAGUCCUCGAGGCCAAGGAACAUUCCUCGUGUAUUGUGCCCUCGUGCCAGGCCUCAACUUGUUCAUCAUGCAAAAAACUUGGCUGUUUGUGGACUCAAUACUUUAAAAGAGAGUCCACUGGCAAUGGCGUAAACAUUAGACAUCGUAGUAUUAGCAAGAAGUAUGACUGGAGCUGUGUACCAGAAAACCUCGCCAAAUCCCUCGAAUAUUACACGUUGGAGGAGGAGUGUCCCAGACCCUGCUACCUUCAUACCGCAUGUACCGAGUGUCUGAGUUCUCAUGGUGGGGAAGGUGGAUCCAAGGAAUGUUACUGGAGUGAAAGUUUAAAGGAGUGUAUGCCUCCAGCGUAUGUAUCCUUACAUUGUGUAGGCGGGACUUGUGGAACACUAUUACAAGGACCAAAAGAGAAAUGUCCCGCCCCGUGUUCAAAUAACACAAAGUGUGCCGACUGUCGCCAGGCCCAGGGGUGUGGUUGGUGUGCAAACGGAGGUCAAAAUGGUAAAGGGAUCUGUCUACCUGGAACUCGUAGUGGUCCUGUAGAUAGAGAACAGUGUGCACAAAAAAGUACAGCUUUCCUGGAGAAAAUCACUGAUGUAGAUACACAUACCUGGGCUUACGCUAAAUGUCCACCAGAAGAUGAAUGUUUGAAUGGUCAUCACAACUGUGACCUACAAACACAGAACUGUAACGAUGAACUGAAUGGAUUUAGCUGUACCUGUAAGAAGGGAUAUAUCAAUAAAACCAAAGAUAAUAGUGGUAAGAGAGUGUGUACACCAGUUUGUCAUCAAGGCUGUGAGAACGGUAUCUGUAUAAGCCCGGAGAAUUGUGUGUGUAAUUUCGGCUAUGUUGGCAAGAAUUGUUCGACCAAGUGUGCGUGUAAUGGACACAGUAACUGUGCCAGUGUUGAAAGGAAAGAUGUUUGUUUACAGUGUAGGAAUAAUACACAGGGUAUACAUUGUGAGCACUGCCAGCCAUUGUUUGUUGGAGAUCCGAGGAAUGGUGGACGAUGUGUGUCAUGUAAAGAUUUCUGUAAUACUCACUCCGAUAUUUGUGUCUCCUCGUAUGAUUUCCUGAAAAAGAAACAAGAAAUAAACGCCCUCAUACGUAGAAAUCCGUUCACUCAUUCGCAAAAAUUUAUAAAGGAGUUUGCUGACAUACAGCCUAUUGGUCCUGUACAGACAAACAGUACACAGUGUUAUGAAUGUUCAGACAAUACGUUUGGUAAUCGCUGUGAGAAAUGUGUACAAGGUUACUUCAGACUACAGGACAUGUUACCUAAUAAGCCAUGUACCAAGUGUAUGUGUAACGGUCACAGUGAUUACUGUGAUAGUGACAGUGGUCUCAACUGUAGAUGUCAAAAUAAUACAGCUACUGAAUGUAAUGGUAAUGAUAACAAAGAGGUGAAAUGUCAUCAGUCUCAGUGUGCAAAGUGUAAGGAAUAUUUUCUUGGCACCCCGACAGACGGCCAUCACUGUUAUAGACAGAUGACAGUAAACAGAGAUUAUUGCUUUGACCCAAUUACUCAAGCAGAAUGUUCUCGAAUUCCUACACCACUUCAUCUGGGCAAGACCGUGUUCUUUGUGGUGCAGCCUAAAUAUGUGAAUGUUGAUAUACGAGUUACAGUUGAUGUAACACAAGGAGGUAUUGAUGUAUUUUUCUCACCACGUGAAGAUACAUUCCAAGUUGAAGUAAACAAGGAGACUUGGACGCACGAGGUGAAGUUAGAUGAUCACGUGUUGAGACAUAGGCGUAGUGAUAUAGACAAAUAUCAAGUUCAACUUGAUCCAAUGUCAGAUAUGCACAAAGUUAUUUUAAACCACCAGAAUAUAAAUAGCAGGUUACGUUAUCAACGUAGCUCGAGUAUCACUGUUAGAAAUCCUUCUACAUCCCCUAUCAAAGAGAUCGAGGCUAGAGAUAUUAAUACAUUUAUCACGGUACAUGAUCCAGAAACAGUUUUAAUGAUACAAAAUUUACGGGGUAGACUUGUGAUCACAUUACCGAAUGAUAAACUUAACUUAAAGACGUCGCGUUUUUAUAUGGUGUUUUUAAGUACGGGUGAUAGAUCACUGAAUGAAUCAACUGGGAACUUGUACUUCAGGCAAGACCAGCCACAUAUAGAUCUGUUUGUUUUCUUUUCUGUGUUUUUUUCGUGUUUUUUUCUCUUUCUUGCCAUGUGUGUGUUGUUGUGGAAAACAAAGCAGGGUUUCGAUGCACGUCGGACUCGUCAACAGCGUGCGAGAGAGAUGUUACAUAUGGCAUCUCGACCGUUUGCAAAAGUACUUGUGCUUAUUGACCAUCCUGUAACACCAAUAAAUAUAUCACCGAACCUUCGGGGCCGAUGUAGAAAACUUACAGACAGAACUCCAUUAUUGCCUAGUGAAACAGGUGUUCCAACAUCACCCAUCGUAGUGAGAGACAGUUUAAAUAUUGUUCCAAUUGCUAUUGAGCCAACGGACGAUGGUGUGGCUGCGAUCGGAACAGUUGUGUUUAAGUUACCAGGUGGAGUAAACGCUCCGUCUCAACUAUGUCUAGGCUCAACAUUGACCAAUCAGUUGACACAUUGUACAACAGCAGGGAAACUACGACGCCCACCAGCAUCUUCUAAUUGCUAGUUUUAUAUUAAAUUAUUAUAUUAAAAUCAGUCAAAAGUGAUAGAAAGUACAUGUAAGUCUUUAAAAUGUUGUAUAGCUUUUGGUCUAUUUCCACGUAAUUUCAAUGUUUUCAGCCUAUUGAAUGCUUUGAAAAUUUUAUAUUGCCUUACAAAUCAAUUAUGAAUUUGUGUAAAAGAUCAAAAUGAUUUUAUAUAAAUAAGGUGUAAGAAACUUUCAGCUCCAAAGUACCAUCUGUAUAUAUUGGGGUAAUUAAAUAUUGUAUGUGAACUGCACUAGUGAAGAAUAUUUAUACUGGUAUUUUGAUGACUUUUCAGGGCAUUUUUUUUGUGAAUAAUAAGUGCUGUGUGUUGAACUCUCACAAUUCUGUAUUUGAGCCGUGUCACGACAAAACCAACAUAAUUGGU